UUUCACCUGCCACCUUCACCUGCCACGCGUACCUGCCAUCAUGGACCUGCUUCUGGUUGUGUGUUCCCUGUCAGCGCUGCUCCUGAUCCAGCCUGCAUCCGCCAGACCUGCAGAAGCCCAGAGUCUGAAGGAACUGCUGGAGGAGGAGCUGCUGCAGGACCCUAAGGAGCUGCUGGGGGCAGACGCAGACUCACUCAAAGUGGUGUUUGGGGCUCCUGAGGUGGGCCCCUGGGAGGAGGAGGAGGACUCCAUUAACUCAGCCCUGGCUGUCAAAGAGAACGCCUUGGCCCAGUUGCUCCGAGACCUGCUCAGGGUCUCCAAGCGUUCAGGGAGUCGCUACAAAAAGGGUGGUCUGCGGAGCUGCUUUGGGGUCCGGCUGGAGAGGAUUGGGUCCUUCAGUGGCCUGGGCUGCUGAGGGCUUCUGAGCUAGGCACGACCCCAGGCUGUCAUACUGCGC